AUGUUUAUCAACAGCGCUAACGAGGGCCAUCAUGAGCUCAUGCUUUUCUCCCGAAGAACAACUGCCAUAUUGACAAUUUCAGCGCUUCAUCCAACCCUUCUCGAUGACUCUGAUGUCUAUUUGGUAGCUCUGCUAGCCCCUUUGGCCGACUGCUCGGAUGAACUUGACGACGAGGAGAUUCAGAAGCUGCCGCUCAGACUUCAGUACUAUGAAGGAACUCGUGAGCCAUCGAUUUCAAUACGGCAAAAACUGGUCGAAGCCCUUUAUCAGUUAUGCUCCACACGACAUUCUCGCGAACACCUUCGGAAACGAGGAGUCUACGCAAUACUUCGAGAACUGGAUCGAGCAACAGAAGACGUGAAUAAGAAACCAGAACAAACGGGAUGGAUUGGUGGCGUGAAGCUGUUGGCUGCGCAACAGGAGCAUACUUUACAUGCACUCAUCGGAAUUCUUAUUCGUCUUGAAGAUGAAAUGGCCGUACAUCCUGACGUUGAGAGCUUGAGAUCACUUGAAUAG